UGAAUCUUUUUUUGUGUUGGUAGAAUGUGGUAGGAAUGUCGGAUUCAUUUUUCAGUUGAAAAUAAAAGUCAAGUUCUUUAAAAUGUCGAACGAAUUAAAAAAAACAGAGAAAAAAUCCACCCGUGGACCCACAGCGGAAGACAUAAUGCUCGGUUUCCAGCAGUUACGUGGGGAACAACGCAGUUUAGCCUCAAAACUGAGCGAAUUUGAAAUGGAACUGAAUGAACACAGGUUGGUUAUUGAAACGUUGAAAAAUGCGGAUCCCAACAGAAAGUGCUAUCGAAUGAUAGGCGGUAUUUUAGUAGAGAAACAGGUGAAAGAUGUUGAACCAGUUCUGCGUACCAAUAGGGACAGAUUAACGGAAUUAAUAGAAAAAGUAAAUGAGCAGCUUGUGAAAAAGGGCACCGAAAUAAAUGAAUAUCGAGAAAGGUAUAACAUUAGGAUUCAGGGCCAAGAUGAUCUAAAACAAGAAGGCGAAAAGGAGACAAAAACGGAAACCAGAGGAAAUGUGCUCGUCUCAUCCUAGAAAUUCUCGGAUUUUACUAACAAAUUGUUUUAUUUUGUUGGUAUUUGUUUGAGUUUUGUUGUUACUUUUUGCGCAUUGUAUUAACGAGAUGUUCUUAUGCAGAUCUAUAACUUUUUGUUUUAUUGUACUGCUUUGUGAGGUAUACAAAUAUUUUUUUAUCACCUUUUAAAAUUAUUUGCAAUAAACUGUUCAUUUUAAUUUAAACUUAUAAUCUGUUUGCUAUAAAAUGGGAGAACUGUAGUGAAUUGCAACAGAGAAGUUAGCUUAAAUAAGUUUGGUCAGUGAGCCCCCUGAAUAAUAUAGGUUUCCCCUGUGUAGGAAAAUUCUAUUUAGUUAAGAAAACAUUAUAUAAAUAGCAACAAUUUUUAGUAUAAUUGUAUUGGAGAUGACAGGAUAUAUGAGCUAUGUGUGUAUUUUCUGUACUGCUUGUAUAUCGAAAAAAUCACCUAUAGUACAGGCUAUCCAACGAUGUGCUGAACCAUUAUUGUGUGGGAAACUAAGAACAAAAUGCUAAUUUGAGUGUGUAUUGUAUCAGAAAACACAAAUCUGAAUGGGAGGCCAUAACUUUUUAUUGAAAUCUAUACUUUCCUCAACAAUAACAUUUUGCUAUAUUUUUAGUAAUACGGUUACUUUCUUAAGCAAGUUUUAUAUUUUUUGCCCUGCCUUAUAUAACUACUGUUUGACUUCCAGCCAUUUUAAUUUCAUAUUAAAUGGUUAUCAAAUA